CGUAACUCAGUGGCUCAUCUUUAUUUCUCCACUGAGUUCGUUGUUCCAGCUCAACUCGGUUCUUCAACUCAAAACUCAUCUACUCUCUCUCUCUCUACAUUUAUAUCAUUAUCUUUUUUAUUCCAUGGGACGGAAUCCACCACGUCAUCUCUGGAACCUCCAUCAUCAAUCGUUUAUUCUGUAGAAAAAUUUAAAGAAAAGGAAGAAAAAAAAGUCGAAUCAUUGUUGGUUUCUCUGUUCACUUUUCCUUUUGGCCUAUGAAUCAAAUGGCUCUCCGCCGUUCAAUUAUGCUCUUUUUAGCCCUUUCAUUUCUCGUUUCUUCACUUCACGCCAGUGAAGGUGAUGCCGAUCCGAUUUACAAGGCUUGUUUGGAGGAGUGUGAGAUAAGUGGGUGCGUGGGGAAAAUUUGUUUCCAACACUGUAAAUUCUCAUCCGAUGGGAAACCAAUUGAUGGGCCGUGGUAUUUACAAGAACCGCUCUAUCAGAAAUGGAAGCAGUGGGAUUGUCGUGCUGAUUGUCAGUACCACUGUAUGAUUGCUAGAGAAGAACAAAGGGAGAAACAUGGGGAUAAACCAAUCAAGUAUCACGGAAAAUGGCCUUUUCAACGUGUUUACGGGAUCCAGGAACCUGUUGCUGUUGCUUUCUCUGCACUAAGCCUUGCUGUGCAGUUUCAUGGUUGGCUCUCGUUUUUUAUCCUUCUGAAUUACAAGUUGCCUUUGAGACCUGAUAAAAGGACUUAUUAUGAAUAUACUGGCUUGUGGCAUAUCUACGCCGUAUUGGCAAUGAACUUCUGGUUCUGGAGUACCAUUUUUCACAGUCGAGCUGUUGAGUUGACCGAGAAGCUAGAUUAUUCAUCUGCUGUUGCAUUAGUUGGAUAUAGUCUUAUUCUAGCAAUUCUACGAGCAUUUAAUUUGAGAGAUGAAGCUUCAAGAGUAAUUGUUGCUGCUCCACUGAUUGCAUUUGUGACAACACACAUCUUGUAUCUGAACUUCUACAAACUUGAUUAUGGUUCUUGUUGCACCCUAGUCAUAAACCGGAUUUUGUUUGCAGGAUUAAAUAUGAAAGUUUGUAUGGCCAUGGGUGUAGCCCAACUUCUCAUAUGGGGAGUGUGGGCUGGUGUAACUUGCCAUCCAUCACGCUGGAAGGUUUGGCUGUUUGUUGCAGGGGGAAUCCUUCUCGUGUUCCUGGGAAUAUACGACUUUCCACCGUACAAGGGGUUUGUUGAUUCGAAGGCUCUAUGGCACGCUAUCAGUAUCCCUCUUACUUACAUUUGCUGGAGCUUUGUCCAGGAUGAUGCAGAGUUGAGCACAUCAACCCUCCUUAAGAAAACAAACUGAUAUUUCUUCAUUGGACACAUGCACUAACCUACCUCACCAAUUUCACAUUUCGUUUGCCGAUGCUCGAUGUUUUCUUCGCAAUGCAAGGAUAUGCAGUGUAAUUGAAGUCUUUAGACUCUGGUCUUUGUUUUUUGUCGUGGUGAUCGAUAUAUUCACAAAGGCUGUUGUCCAAUUUCGAUGUAAAUUUCUGUGUUGUGUCUUUCAACUAGCUUUGUUUUACUUGCAUUGCUUGAUUA